GCUUACAUGCCGCUAGCUGGACAAAUUAGGCUCCCAACGUUUUGGCCCGCCACUCGCGUCAGACGAUACGACGACAGCCUAUUGAUACCGCGAAUCGCUGCCUUCACUUCGUCUAGCUGCGCUACAGCGAAAGCCAUCGUCUACACGGUUCCGUUCAGCGGCCAGCUAACGCGUUCAAAAUAUAUUCUUUUGAGGAGGAUUCAGCGUGUGUGGAGUCUCACGACCAAGUAGCCGCGAAAAGAAGCCUGUCUCUACCGUCUCCAGCCGCACGAACCAAAGCCAUGGGUCUCCGACGCGCGCUCAGCCGCUGCUGGGCCCUCGCAUGCCUCGCCAGCGGCUGGCAACGCGUCCCGAGACCAUUCCACCGCGCCACGCCGCUCCGCGCCGCCUUCCACGCCGAGGGCGACUUGAGCGGCGCCUUCCAGCUCUCCGGCGUCUGGAAGCUAGAACGACAGAGCGACGACGCCGUGGAACAAGUGCCGAUCCAGCCCACAAAUCCUUCGUGGUCCGGCGACCGCUGGUCUGACGUUGUAAGAGAACUCGCGCGGAAGCAGCGCCAGCAGGAGCUUUUACAACUGGACGCGGCGGGCGGCUGGCGGAGCCCGCCGGGCGCUUCGGUCGAGCUCCGUGGGAAAUGGAGCAUGGAUGGGAACGCGGAAGUGACAUUGGCGCGCUUCGGGCGGCACGGCAACCACGUCACGGACUGUGUGGAAAUCAACCAGUGCGUCGGGUGCAUCCGACAAUUCUUCACUAAGUCAUUUCUCGGCGAUGACGCGGCCGUCCUGGCUCGGUCGCGCGGUGAGGAACCGGCACCGCCACGCCAUCGAGCAGGCGUCGCGUCGAUGGCGUGGAGGACGAUGCGACGAUUCAGGACGAACGCGCCGUGAACUCUUGAUUUAUGCACAGGUCACGGAGACGUGGACGGGCCAGUACGACUCGUCGGCGAAUAGAGUGGAGGGCGUCGUCCUCGAGGGCGCGUCGGAGCCGGAAUAUGCUGGUAGGUUCUCAUUAACCCCGGCCUUUCCCUCUUUGCAACCGGUCGUCAAGAACAACAUCCUGCGGAAGAACGAGACGCAGUGGCGCGUCGCGGAUGUGGCCGGCGAAUAUACCCUCGAAUUCCAGGGCGACGGCUCGAUCUCGGCCUACGACAUACGAUUGCUGCCGAACCGGACGUGGACCUCGGUCGGGCUGUCGGCGACUCUAGCAGGUUCCUGGAACGUCUUCGACAGUGACGUCAAUCUGGCGUCGGGCAUCGACGGCACGGGGCCUAGAUUAUGGCUCUGGCUGCGGCGCUUCGGCCAAACGUCGUCGUCGGGCGUGCACCUGUCCCAGGACCGGCUGUACCUCGGCCGAAUUACGGGCGCCGCCGGCGACGCCUCGAAAAUCCGACGGGUCAAGGGCCAGGUCGCCGUCGGCUGGUCGACGGAGCCAGCCUUCAUCGGGUCCUUCCGCCUCGUCCCGCGCCACCAGUGACUCCCUCUUUUGUAAGUACGUUCAAAAUACA